UGCUUUUCCUUUGGCAAAUAAAUUGUUUAUUUUUUUUGUGUGUGACAAAGAUAUUAAAAUAUUACAUGUCUCCUCACAAAAGUCCACUAAUAACUUUCUUACAGUCCAACAAUAAUCUUUUCCUUAACAAAGUAUAGUAGAUAAACCUUUAACUAGUUUCUCACCUAUUUUAUAAUUCUUCCACCGAUCUCCAAUAUUCUGCAUUCAACAUACCACAUACCCCUCAGGAAGAAAGCACAGAUAAUUUUGAUGCUCAGAUGAAUGAGGCAAUUUUUGUAUUGCAGAAAGAUUAGUAAGCCUAGAGAGUGAUAAAUCUGAGGUGAGCGCUGCUGGGCUAAGAAGUCAUUCUUUAAAGCAACAUAUUGAUGAGCAUAGUAUUAAAGCACUGCACCAUUUCUGCAGAAACAGCUUUGUAACAAAAGGGGUACUUUAAAAGAGAACUGUGAGUCCCUUCUGUUAUCUUUCUGCACACUGCAGGUGGCCCAGGAUUCCUUCUUCCCUUUCAGAAAUUCGGCUUGUGUUUUAGGCGGGGACCCACUUGAGUCUGAGAAGGCUCAUUGGCUUCUCUGUGCAACCACACCAUAUUCAGGGUAGUCCUAUGCAAACAGAGUUGCAUGUCUCUGCACUGUGCCACGGGUUCCCAGUUUACAGCUCAGACUUUGUUUCGAAGAAGGACACCUAAGCUCUUUGCAGAUCAGACUUCAUCUUGAAAGCAAUAGAGUCUUAUUCACUCGACUGCAUAUUUCAGCUACUGAACAGCAGCAGACAAACUGGCUUUCCACAUAGCUAACUGCAGUGUUUCUAUGUCCACUACCAAGUUAAUUCACAACCCAGCAAAGCUGCUAAAUAACACUGUUGACUGUUCCGUUUGCUGUUUUCCAAGAAUGCUGCACUCUCCUUUAUCCAUUUAAAUACUAAGUAAAUAAAUGCAAAUCCAGUAGUUUUGGAGCAACACUGAGAUGAUACUCAGUAUUUUCCAUUAUCACAUUCCAAUGUCCUGCAUUUCCUUUGCUCUCUAUUUAAACACGAGCUAACAUUUUCCAUUUGUUUUCAUUUUUACCCUUUUGACUUUUGCGCUUGACUUAAGUUGGUGAUUAGUACUUUCCCAUUUCAUUCCCUGAGGGUGCACUACUUAUUCCUCAUAUGCUUUCUGAGAUAUUUGUUCACUUGGGACAGGAAACCUUUUCUCUAGUUUUUCUUAUUUGGAAUAAAAAGUUCAACAUAUUUUUACCAUAUCCGAGUUACAGAAAUUUCUAUUCUCUUCCACAACGAAGUUCCUGCUCUUGCACUUAAUUUAGAUCGGUGACUUGGAACCACUGUGAUCUGACCUUUACCGCUAUGUUCCCCCCCAAACAGCUCAUGUGGUUCGUGUAACAUUUUGGUAACGAUUUAACAGAAUAACCGAGCCCUCCUGUUACCUCUCCAGAAGCUAAGCUCUCACAACAGGCCUGUAACCUCUGUUUCCCUCAUAGAACCUUUAGCCUAACAAUUUUUCUAUUGGAUUAUAUAAAUGUUGCAUGUUAGUAAGUAUUUUUCUCCAAUUUCCUUUACAAGUGUUUAUAACCAUCCCUUCCCCGGGCGGUGCCAGGUGGCAGUGGGACACCUGCGGGCACAAGUGGCAGGGGCAGCUCUGACGGGAAAUGGCUGCCUUGUCCGCUCUCCCCGGGGUACUGUCGCAGGCUCGGUUCUCUCACAGCCGUGACACCCCCGAGGACAGGGGCUGUGGGGAAUGGCCGUUAACGGCCACGCAGGCAUCACAACCCGCAUGCUCGGCUCCCUCCUCCUCCAAGCUUCACGGAGCAAGUGGGCGCCCCGCCACAGCCCUCCGAGGGUGCGCGAUGGCGCCCGGCGGGCACCGAGCUCCCCUCAGCGCUGCCCUCCCCGCCGGGCAGGCUGGGUAGCGUGUCGUGGUUACCGUUACUAGGUUGGCGGCGGGAAGCGAUGGUGAAGGAAACCAUCCGGGUGUACGCGCGGCUGAAGCCCUUAGGGAGGCGGCAGCAAGCGGGGAUUUAUUCAGUUGAUGAUGAUGAGAAAUCUGUGUCCAGCCUGGAGAUUAUUGUGCCGCAUGAUUUAGCAGAUGGGUUCGUUAAUAAUAAACGGGAGAACUACAAGUUCAAAUUUGAGAAAAUUUUUGAUCAAGAGGCAAAACAAGAUGUGGUUUUUGACAGCAUUGCCAAACCAGUGGCAGAAUGUGCUUUGGCAGGAUAUAAUGGUACUAUCUUUGCCUAUGGUCAGACAGGCAGUGGCAAAACUUUUACGAUCACAGGAGGAGCUGAACGUUACAGCGAUCGUGGCAUCAUUCCUAGGACUCUGUCUUACAUUUUUGAUCAAUUGCAGAAGGAUAACAGCAAAAUGUAUACAACCCACGUUUCCUACUUAGAAAUCUACAAUGAAUGUGGUUAUGAUUUGUUGGACCCAAGACAUGAAGCUUCCAGAUUGGAAGAUUUGCCAAAAGUGACAAUAAUGGAAGACCCUGACCAGAACAUUCAUAUGAAAAACUUGUCUCUUCAGCAAGCAAACAAUGAAGAGGAAGCUUUAAACCUGCUCUUCUUGGGAGACACCAACAGAAUGAUUGCAGAGACACCAAUGAAUCAAACCUCAACUCGAUCUCACUGCAUUUUCACUAUUCACAUCUCCAGCAAGGAACCUGGGUCUGCAACCAUCCGACAUUCCAAGUUACACUUAGUAGACCUUGCUGGAUCAGAGCGUGUUGCAAAGACUGGAGUUGGAGGUCGUUUAUUGACAGAAGCCAAAUAUAUCAACUUGUCGCUACAUUAUUUGGAACAGGUAAUAAUUGCCCUUGCAGAGAAAAAUCGGUCCCACAUUCCCUAUCGCAACUCUAUGAUGACCUCAGUGCUAAGAGACAGCCUGGGAGGAAACUGCAUGACUACCAUGAUAGCAACGCUUUCUUUAGACAAAAGAAACAUAGAUGAGUCUAUAUCAACCUGUAGAUUUGCACAGCGAGUUGCUCUUAUUAAGAAUGAGGCAGUUCUUAAUGAAGAAAUUGACCCUAGAUUGAUGGUUGUCCAACUGCAAAAGGAGAUCCAGGAGUUGAAAGAUGAGCUGGUACUGGUGACUGGCAAGCAUAGAACAUCAGAGCUUUCACAAGAAGAGCUACUUCAGUUGGAUAAGUUAAUUGAAACGUUUCUGGAAGAUAAUGAUCCUGAAAGCACUCUGGAUGUUGGUGCAGACAUGCGCAAGAUCAAGUACUGCUUCUCUCAUGUGAAGCAACUGAUGAACCAUUCAAAGAUUUCUGAUAAAAAAAUGGUCUCACAACACACCUCUGAAGAAAAAGACACUAACAAAGAAGUGGGAAAAGAAGAGUUGAAAAAACUGAAAGAACUUCUGCAGCAAAGAGACAAUGAGAUCAAUAUUCUAGUAAAUAUGCUAAAAAAAGAAAAAAAGAAAGCACAAGAUGCUCUUUUCCAGCUUAGUGCUGUCUCUGCUGGUUCUGCAGCCUUGGAGCGGUCUCUUUCUAUAAACUUGGAAGAAAAGUGGAGCCCAUCUAACUGUUUUAGACUGAAAGAGGCAAAAGAUCUCAGCUCUUCAGUUAACAGACUGCCUUUUCUUUCCAGACAGACAGGAGGAAAGAUGUCCCUUGGAUGUCAAGAGGCUUUUGAAGUUUUCAAGUGGGACCAUGCUGACAGUAUAACCAUUGAGGACAACAAACAGCUUCUAAAACAGAGGUUUGCUGAAGCUAAAUGCCUUGGAGAAAAAAUACAUGAAGUGAGAAAUAAAAUAAACCAUCUGAAAGGAGAGCUAACCCAGAGGCAUAUUCAAAGAGCUGUUCUAGCUGUGUCUAAUCCUUCUGAAGAGCUAAAUACGCUUGACCCAGUGGAAGAGAAACUUCGAACCCAAAUUGAGGAAGAGAAAAAAAGUUAUAAAACAAUGUACAAUCGCUUGAAAGGGCUGAAGGUAGAGAUUGAGCACCUACAGCUUCUCAUGGAAAAAGCAAAGGUGAAGCUGCAAAAAGACUUUGAAGUCUGGUGGUCUGAAGAGGUGGCAAAUCUACAGGUCCGUCAGGAAAAAACAGAGUUGGUCAGCUCACCAAAUAGCACAACAGUUUAUCCUCAGUUUAUCAAAUCUUCACAGUCUCUACCAACUAACAGCUUUUCAGAAACCACAAGAGUCAGCUUUAAUGAAGAGACAUCUGGGAAAAACAAUUCAAAUAAUUUUAAUAACUCAACUUCAAAAACAAGGACCUCACCAAGUUCAAAUACACCUAUUCCUCUAACUGGAGACAGCCAGACUGAUGCUGACAUCCUAGCUUUUAUUAAAGCAAGACAGAACAUCCUGCAAAAGAAAGGCUUGGGGAACAAAUGAAGUUCUUGUUGCAGUCCACAAUUUCCUUUUAGAAUCUGUUAAAGACCUUUAUUAUUUACCUUCCUCUUCUGUUUAGAAACAGGUACAAAUGACUACUUUGGAUGUACAGAUUUAACUGGUAAGAAAGUGAAUAGGAGUGACUUGUAUUUGACAGCGAAAUCCAUUUCUCAAGGGAAUGAUAUUAGAAAAUUUGCACUCAGUAUCUUCAGCUUGCAUUAAAAUUAAGCAAAACUAAAAAAACUGAUCAGGAGUUUGCUGAAUACGUUUAUUUAUUGGGAAUUUAUUAUCAGUUUUCUCAAUACUAAAAUUAUCUAAUGUGUUAAUGCUUUCUAAAAGUUAAAAUUAUCUAAUAAGAACAUUACAUCUUUAGUCUGGGGAACUUCUAUUGUUACUGAUGGAUUGGUAUUUUUCUCCUUUGUGUACUGGGAACUUGAGAAGAAAUUCAGGUGAAAUUGACCUGUUUUGUCUGUGGAUUUGCAUAAAGCUUUGUUACUUACAUCUAGUUGGCAUCUAGAGAUGUCUGCAAAAAUAGUAAUUACAAAAUCCUACAAAAUUCCUUUGGGACCCUUUUCUGCUUUUUAUUUUUUCCCCAAUAAAUAAUAAUUUUCAUAUCUGAUUAUUAAAAUACUGACAUUAAAAUACUGAUAUUGUACUUUAAUAUGAAAAUUCAUUUUUAUUUGAAAUAAAUUCUACAUUUUAAAUUUUCCAAAAUGUUUUUCUUCCAUUUGAAUACACUAAAUGUUAUUCAAAAUAUAAACCUUCCCAAAAUAUCCAGAUUUCAGACUAAACAGUGACACUUGAUGGGCUUAUAGCAAAAAUGAAUAUAAUGAAAUGAAUAUACAAAUAAUUGUACAUAAUAAAUUGUACAAAUAAAUAAUUGUACAAAUAAAACAUAACGAGAUGAGAUGUGAAAAUCUAAGUUCAUUUAUAUAUUAUAUACAACAUAACUUCACUAUUGACUCAAUAUUACUUUAUUGCAUAAUACCUGGUUACGCAAUAACUUACUUUACUCUUCAGGCCAAAACAAGUCCAAAAAUGCAACGCAAAACAGAGUCAAUUCUUCUGAGAUAUACAUACUUUCAGAUUGAAACUGCUGUUUUUCAUGCUAUCAAUAAGCUUACAGUCACCCAUUUGGAAGGGGUUACGUUGGUCAUAUAAAAACACAAGAGUAUACUGGCAGAAGUCUCAUAUCAAUCUCAAAGAUGUAUGUCCUUAAGUUGCUGACACUGAAUUCGGUGGCAAAUUCAUAGUUAUUAAGAAGUACAUCAUGAAUUGAUGUGUUCAAACCUACAGAAGAUAUCCAUCAAAUUAACAACUAAGAUGAAAUCAAUAAAGAAAUAUUGAAGUU